AUGAUAAGUUUUAAUAGAAGUACACUCAAGGCCUUAUUAUUACUAUUUGUGUCGUGUAUUGCAGCAAGAAGGUUGCCGGAAGAAUACUAUCCGGAUAAUUUUUACGCCAACCAACAGUCUUUAAAAAUAAAUGCGGCGCUACAAAAAUUAGAGCACGUUCCACAAUGGGUACCCAACUGGCCAGACUCCAAAAUCAAGAUGGGUCAAGUAUCAGGGGUUGCACUCGAUAAUUCAGGACAAUUGCUGGUAUUUCACCGAGCCGAUAAUACAUGGGAUGCUAACACGUUUUCCAUCAGGAAUGUAUAUCAAGCCAUCGGAGAGCCGCCCAUCCCACAACCUACAAUACUAGUUUUCAAUGAAACUGGAGUUGUGAUUGACUCUUGGGGACAGAAUCUUUUCCACAUGCCGCACGGUAUAACAGUGGAUAGUGAGAGCAACGUGUGGGUGACGGAUGUAGCGCUGCAUCAGGUGUUCAAGUUCACACCAGACAACAGAACAACACCUGCUUUGGUGCUCGGAGAGAAAUUCGUUCCCGGUGAUGACGACAAACACUUCUGCAAGCCGAGCGCGGUGGCCGUGCUCAGCUCCGGAGACUUCUUCGUGGCAGACGGCUACUGUAACACUCGCAUCGUCAAGUACGCCGCUGACGGCACCAAGAUACUGCAGUGGGGGAAACGUCUGGGUGAGUCUCCGUUCGUGUUGUCAGUCCCGCACGCGCUGUCCGUGUCGGAGGAUCGCUCGCUGCUGCUGGUGGCGGACCGCGAGCGAGGCCGCGUCGCCUGCUUCAGGACGGACUCGGGCGCCUUCGUCACAGCCUUCAGACACUGGCUCAUAGGACCGAGACUGUUCAGUGUGGCGUACUCACCGAUACACGGAGGUCGUCUGUAUAUAGUAAACGGACCAACAAUAGGUCCUCCGCCGGUCAGAGGCUACGUGAUAGACUUCACUUCAGGCAGGUUGAUCCAGACCUUCGCUCCAGGGGACAGUUUCAGUAACCCUCACGACUUGGUAGUGUCUCCUGACGGGACGGUGUACGUCGCGGAGCUAGAUCCACACAGAGUAUACAAAUUCAUCGACGACUCACUAAGAAACGAGACCAAAGUUAACAUCACUAGAACCAAACCUACGACCGUCGAGGUGGGUGUAGCGGCAGGGUGGGAAUGGGAGCGUUGGGGCUCGUGGGCCGGCGCCGCGGGCAGCGCGCUAGGGGCCGCCUGCGGAGCCCUACUGCUAGCUCUCUGCCGCGCCCGCGACGGUCGAAAAUCUGUCGGUCGACGUCGUUGGGAAUACGAUCACAGCCAGUUCAAGUUACGCCGGCUGCUGGAAAGGCGGCGCUUUACACGAGUGCACUCAGAUGAUUCAGAAGAUGAGCCCGCACCAAUGUUACCGCCAACAGUAUAA